AUGGAUGUCACUAAGGAGAUCUUACGUAUAAAUGCCAAAGAAAUCGAUCGUAACAUAUCAACUUCAGGUUCUUGGCAUGCACAGUAUAAGGAUUCGCCAUUCAUAUUUAUCGGAAACAUUCCAUUCGAUUUAACCGAAGGCGAUAUAAUAUGUGUAUUCUCGCAGUACGGGGAAGUGAUUAAUCUCGAUCUAGUACGUGAUAAAAAUACGGGAGAAUCUAAAGGUUUCGCAUUUUUAAAGUAUGAAGAUCAACGAAGUACUGUAUUGGCUGUCGAUAAUUUGAAUGGAAUUCAGGCAAGUUUACUUGGAAGAACCAUUCGAGUUGAUCAUGCAAGUGCCGAGGAUAAAGAAGGGAAGAAGAGAACUGGGAUGAAUGCAGCACCACAAUUCCUAAAAGAAGAAUCUAAACGUGCAAGAAAGGAUGCAGCAAAGAAAUCGGGCAAAAAAGGUGACGAUCAUGAUGAUAGUGACAGGAAGAAAAAGAAGGAAAAAAAGAAGAAAAAGGAAGACGAAGAUAUGGAGAUAUAUGAUAAGCGGAGACGAACAAGUCUUGAAGAUGAUAAUCGUAUAGAACGACAGACCGGUCAUUUUCAAGAGAAAGAACAAAAAGUAGGCUAUAUAGGUCGAGAUCUAGAACUAUAUCCAGAGAACGAUCACAUUCACCCCUACCAAGAGUUAAAAAAAGAGCAUCAUCUUCCGUUUCCCCGCCUUCACGAGAUAGAACAAGAUAAUUAA